ACCAUUCCCAGUUUGUCUGGAAAAUCCACAUGUUAUUGAUAAGCACCAAAUCUGGGUAGGAAUAAUCCCCAAAGGGCCUGAUGGAGGCUUACUGAGCUCCACUUACGAAAAAAGAUUUUCAGAAGAAUGUCUGUCCUCUCUUGGGAAAACAAUAGGUAAUCUUGUCCGAAUAAUACCGCAUGGACUCCUGGUGUUUUUCCCUUCAUAUCCGGUCAUGGAUAAAAGCCUGGAAUAUUGGAGAGUACAUGAAUUUGUGGGAAAAAUAGAAGCAGUGAAGCCAAUGUUUGUAGAACCAAGACACAAAGGAACAUUCACAGAGCUUGAACCUGGAGUCAGCUAUAUCACAAGUAUCCAGGAAUCAUCUGUGUUAUGGCUUACCAAACUAUGCAUCUUUUCCACAUAUCCAGAAAAGGUUAUAGAUGCCUAUUAUGAAAAGAUUGCCUGCCCUAAAUCAAAUGGUGCUAUUUUCUUUGCUGUAUGCCGGGGAAAGGCUAGCGAAGGUUUGGACUUUGCUGAUAAGAAUGGACGAGGCGUCAUCAUCACAGGCCUUCCGUUCCCCCCUCGCAUGGACCCCAGGAUCAUUUUAAAGAUGCAGUUCUUGGAUGAAAUGAGGGCAAAAGAUGUUGGUGGGCAGUAUUUGUCUGGAAACAGCUGGUACAAACAGCAGGCUUCUCGUGCAGUGAACCAGGCUAUUGGAAGAGUUAUCCGACAUCGGCAAGAUUAUGGUGCCAUUUUCCUCUGCGACCAUAGGUUCAUGAAUACUGAUACAAGAGCCCAGUUGCCUUCCUGGGUCCGCCCUUACAUUAAAAUUUAUGAAAACUUUGGACAUGCAAUCAGGGAUGUUUCUCAAUUCUUCCGUAGCGUACAACAGUGUAUGCCACCUCCUGCUCCUUGUCUUCCCUCUUCUACCAUCGCUGCAGAAGAAAAUGAUUCCCCAUCUCCAUCUUUUGUCCCACACAAGCAGUUCCCGGCUGGGGCAAAAGCCAACGUUCUGGAUGAUCACGUUCCUAGUCUGAAAAGGAAGCGAGUGGAUAACGGAGUGGCCAGCGUGUGCCUGGACUAUGAGCAGGGUCCAUCCUCUUCCAGAAGGCAGCCUGCGGGCCUCUUGGAUGCUCUGGAGUGCAACGAUAGAAGCUGUCAUGAAACGGACAAGGAGGAAUGCUUGCCUGGGGAGGAAAAGGCAAAGCGUUUGUCAACUCUGUCCCUUCAGUAUGAAAAAAAACUCGCAGAUCAGCGGAGAGGAGGCAAGAAGAAAAUCAAGAUAGUCAGCAGCUUGCAGACUAGUGAGGUACCAGAUUCCUCGGAGCCCAAGAAAGCUAGAGCUGUAGCUUUUAUUGCAACAGCGAAGCAAUCCCUGAGCCAGCUACGUUUUGAUGCGUUUUCGCGAGCCCUCCAACAGUACAAAAAUUCAAAUGAUUUCAGUGCUAUGUUAUCUCAGAUGAGCGGACUUUUCCUGGAAGACCAAAAAAACCAUGUCCUAAUGCGAGAGUUUUACCAGUUUGUUCGGCCUCAGCACAAAAAGCAGUUUGAUGAAGCUUGCCGUUCCCUGACAGGAGUCGCUUGCGGCUACAAACCUGAGCACAGCCUUCUACCAGAAGAGAGAUGGUCAUUGGCUAAAAGUGCAG